AUGUCAACAACAAACGACGAUGCGGCCGAGGUCAAGUUUGGCCCGUUUCCCGUGACCAAGCAGGUAUUUCUCAAGACGCAGCACAGCUUCGGCGUCGUCAACCUCAAGCCCAUCCUCCCCGGCCACGUCCUCGUCUGCCCGCUGCAGCCGCACCGGCGUCUGACCGACCUCUCCGCGGCGGAGACGUCCGACCUGUUCGCGACGGUGCAGCGUGUGCAGCGCAUGUUGAGCCGUGUGCACUUCAAGACGGACCGCCCCGAGGACGGGGGCAGCUUCACCGUCGCGGUGCAGGACGGGCCCGAGUCGGGCCAGACGGUGCCGCACGUCCACGUUCACGUCAUCCCGCGCAUCGCGGGUGACAUGGGUGAAGGCGAGGCCUCGGAUGAAAUCUACGUCAAGAUGGCGUCUGAGGAGGCCAACGUCGGCGGCGCGCUAUGGGAUGUCGUGCGCCGGCCUGAGCCGGGGGGCGGCAUGCCUCGCGUCGAGGACGCCUGCCGCGAGGCGCGAAAGCCGGAUGAUAUGCAUGCUGAGGCGGACAUGUACAAAAGAGCCUUGGAGCGCAUGUAG